AAUCCCCGGAAGGGCGUUGUCAUCGACUGUCGCGGCCUUUCUGUGUCCGUCGAGAUCAGGAGUGGGAGUAUAUAGAGGAACACAGGGGUCUGUACAAGGACGUGAUGAUGGAGAAUCACCGGCCCCUCACAUCACUGGAUGGGCCCAGUAACAGAGAUACCCCAGAGAGAUGUCCCCGUCCUCUGUAUUCCCAGGAUCGUACAGAGGAGAAUCACAGGAUCCCACAGGAGGAUAAGGGUGAAGAUCUGACUAAUAAAAAGGUAGAAGAUAUAAAGAAGGGAGAAGAAGAGACGUAUGUGAGGGGUGAUCAGCAGUGUAAGGAGGAGGAAAUCCCUACAGAUAUCAGCACAGAUGGAGGCACAAUGAAGAAUACCUUGGAGGGAGAUCACAUAUUGUCUCCACAUUGUAACAUAGAAGAUAACAUCACUGAGGAUUCUCCAGGAGACAAUCCAGUUUCUCUAUAUAUACACCCAGUACCUCGCAGUGCAGAUAUAGCAUCUGAUCCCUCUAAUCAUGGUGAAUGUUCUACUGAUAUAUCCAGUAAUACUACGCACAGUACAGCUGACAGAGGUGAUAAAAAAUUUCCCUGUCCUGAGUGUGGGAAAUGUUUCACAAGGAAAUGCAGUCUUGUUCCACAUGAGAGAAUUCACACAGGUGAGAAACCAUUUCCAUGCUUUGAAUGUGGGAAAUAUUUUACACUCAAAUCACAUCUUGUUAAGCAUCUCAGAUGUCACACAGGUGAUAAGCCAUUUCCAUGUUCUGAGUGUGGCAAAUGUUUUACACUCAAAUCACAUCUUGAUAAGCAUCUCAGAUGUCACACAGGUGAGAAGCUAUUUCCAUGCUCUGAGUGUGGGAAAUGUUUCAAAAGGAAAACAGGUCUUGUUAUACAUGAGAGAAGUCACACAGGUGAGAGGCCAUUUCCAUGCUCUGAGUGUGGGAAAUGCUUUAUGCACAAAUCACAUCUCGUUACACAUCAGAGAAGUCACACAGGUGAGAAACCAUUUCCAUGCUCUGAGUGUGGGAAAUGCUUUAUGCACAAAUCACAUCUCGUUACACAUCAGAGAAGUCACACAGGUGAGAAACCAUUUCCAUGUUUUGAGUGUGGGAAAUAUUUCACAAGGAAAUCAGUUCUUGUUACACAUCAGAAAAGUCACACAGGUGAGAAACAAUUUCCAUGUUCUGAAUGUGAGAAAUGUUUUACACAGAAAUCACAUCUUGCAACACAUCAGAGAAGUCACACAGGUGAGAAACCAUUUCCAUGUUUUGAGUGUGGGAAAUAUUUCAGAAGUAAAUCAUAUCUUGUUACACAUCAGAGAAGUCACACAGGUGAGAAACCAUUUCCAUGCUUUGAAUGUGGGAAAUAUUUUACACAGAAAUCAUAUCUUGUUAUACAUGAGAGAAUUCACACAGGUGAGAAGCCAUUUCCAUGCUCUGAGUGUGGGAAAUAUUUUACACAGAAAUCAGCUCUUGUUGUACAUGAGAGAAGUCACACAGGUGAUAAGCCAUUUCCAUGUUCUGAGUGUGGCAAAUGUUUUACAUUUAAAUCACAUCUUGUUAAGCAUCUCAGAUGUCACACAGGUGAGAAGCUAUUUCCAUGCUCUGAGUGUGGGAAAUGUUUUACACAGAAAACAGCAUUAAUUUCACAUCAGAGAAGUCACACCGGUGAGAGGCCAUUUCCAUGCUCUGAGUGUGGGAAAUGUUUCAAAAGGAAAACAGGUCUUGUUAUACAUGAGAGAAGUCACACAGGUGAGAGGCCAUUUCCAUGCUCUGAGUGUGGGAAAUGCUUUAUGCACAAAUCACAUCUCGUUACACAUCAGAGAAGUCACACAGGUGAGAAACCAUUUCCAUGUUUUGAGUGUGGGAAAUAUUUCACAAGGAAAUCAGUUCUUGUUACACAUCAGAAAAGUCACACAGGUGAGAAACAAUUUCCAUGUUCUGAGUGUGGGAAAUGUUUUACACAGAAAUCACAUCUUUUUACACAUCAGAAAAGUCACACAGGUGAGAAACAAUUUCCAUGUUCUGAAUGUGAGAAAUGUUUUACACAGAAAUCACAUCUUGCAACACAUCAGAGAAGUCACACAGGUGAGAAACCAUUUCCAUGUUUUGAGUGUGGGAAAUAUUUCAGAAGUAAAUCAUAUCUUGUUACACAUCAGAGAAGUCACACAGGUGAGAAACCAUUUAAGUGCUCUGAGUGUGGGAAAUGUUUUACACAGAAACCACCACUUUUUAGACAUGAGAGAAGUCACACAGGUGAGAAGCCCUUUUCAUGCUCUGAGUGUGGGAAAUGUUUUACACGGAAAUCACAAAUUGUUGUACAUCAAAAAAUACAUUUUAAAAACAUGAGCUGAUAGACAUGAUAUGCAAUACUUUAAAUAUUGUGAACACUGCAAUUCUUUUGGUGUUAUCUCUUGUGUUUUGAGAACCAACAAUAGCUGAAUGGACAGUACACAGUGCCAUCAGUAGACAAAACUUUGCCACAUUUUCCACACAACAAUCCAUCCAUAAUAUUAAAUAAAUUGAGCAGGGAAUGCCGACCGAGGCCCAUUGUAUUGAGGAUCAUUGUUUCAGCUCAGCUGGGCAAUACCACAUCAGAAUCCUAUGUAUACGACUUGUCAGAUGAUUAUUUUUCAUUUUUUUUAUAAUUUGAGAUGUUGGAUUUAUACCUGUACUGUACCUUUAUAUUUAUAUAUAUAUAUAUAUAUAUAUAUAUAUAUACACACACACACACACACACACACAUUUGCUUUGUUUUUGUUUUUUUUAUAUGAGUUUUUAUUAUUAGAACUAAAGCCAUACGAAACCUUGCACCCUGCAGAGCCUACACUUAAAUGUGACGCUAUAUGUGAGGUAAAUCAUGAGGGGCCUGAGCGUGGGGUAAUUAUCAUUCACAGGAAUCUCCUGAGUGACAGCUGUAUGGGAAAUGAGGAACGUUGCUAGUGAUAGAUGCCAGAUGUGUGAAGCAUUAUGGGAUAUCAGGUUAUGAUAGUGAUUGGCUAAACAUGGUGACAUCUCUUCGGGUGUAACAUGUAAGUGAGAGAGUGACAUCACUGUGGGUAUAACAUGUAAAUGAGAGAGUGACAUCACUGAGUAUAACAUGUAAAUGAGAGAGUGACAUCACUCCGGGUAUAACAUGUAAAUGAGAGAGCGACAUCACUGCGGGUAUAACAUGUAAAUGAGAGAGCGACAUCACUGCGGGUAUAACAUGUAAAUGAGAGAGUGACAUCACUGCGGGUAUAACAUGUAAAUGAGAGUGACAUCACUGCGGGUAUAACAUGUAAAUAAGAGAGUGACAUCACUGAGUAUAACAUGUAAAUGAGAUAGUGACUUCAUGCGGGUAUAACAUGUAAAUGAGAGUGACAUCACUGUGGGUAUAACAUGUAAAUGAGAGAGUGACAUCACUGCGGGUAUAACAUGUAAAUGAGAGAGUGACAUCACUGCAGGUAUAACAUGUAAAUGAGAGAGUGACAUCAAUGCUGAUAUAACAUGUAAAUGAGAGAGUGACAUCACUGCGGGUAUAACAUGUAAAUGAGAGAGUGACAUCACUGCGGGUAUAACAUAUCUAAAUGAGAGUGGCAUCACUGCGGGUAUAACAUGUAAAUGAGAGAGUGACAUCACUGCGGGUAUAACAUGUAAAUGAGCGAGACAUCACUGCUGGUAUAACGUAAAUGAGAGAGUGACAUCACUGCGGUUAUAACAUGUAAAUGAGAGAGUGACAUCACUGCGGGUAUAACAUGUAAAUGAGAGCGUGACAUCACUGCGGGUAUAACGUGAAUGAGAGAGUAAAUCACUGCUGGUAUAACAUGUAAAUGAGAGCGUGACAUCACUGCGGGUAUAACAUGUAAAUGAGAGCGACAUCACUGCGGGUAUAACAUGUAAAUGAGAGAGCGACAUCACUGCGGGUAUAACAUGUAAAUGAGAGAGUGUUAUCACUGCGGGUAGAACAUGGAAAUGAGAGUGACAUCACUGUGGGUAGAACAUGGAAAUGAGGGAGUGACAUCACUGUGGGUAUAACAUGUAAAUGAGAGAGUGACAUGACUGGCUAUAACAUGUAAAUGAGAGAGUGAGAUCACUGUGGGUAUAUGUAAAUGAGAGUGACAUCACUGCGGGUAUAACAUGUAAAUGAGAGAGUGACAUCACUGCGGGUAGAACAUGGAAAAGAGAGAGUGACAUCACUGUGGGUAUAAUAUAUAAAUGAGAGUGACAUCACUGCGGGUAGAACAUGGAAAUGAGAGAGUAACAUCACUGUGGGUAUAAUAUAUAAAUGAGAGUGACAUCACUGCGGGUAGAACAUGGAAAUGAGAGAGUGACAUCACUGUGGGUAUAAUAUAUAAUUGAGAGUAUGUCACUUACCUUAUGGUUACGGUGUGUACACAUUACAUAUGACGUCUUACACUUACAGUAUUGUGUGGAAUAAUUUCUGAAACAAUUCCAUAUAACUGGGGAAGUUGCGGCACCAGAAAUCCCUUCUCUUACGUUCUAGAGGAUGCUGGGGACUCCGUAAGGACCAUGGGGUAUAGACGGGCUCCGCAGGAGAC